AGCCACUCGACACCUUUAAAAUCUGUUAAUGCACCCAGCCAAAUCGGAAUGGACUCCGGGUUUAGAACAGCUUGCACAGUUACUGACAGUGAGCCAGAAGAGCAAUCAGGAGCAAGGAGAAAAUCUGUGAGAUUUGAAGAUUCAUCUCACGACAUUCACAAGACAGACACAGAACGCGAUGAAUACGACCUUGCCCCUUAUCUUAAUAAGGAAGACAGAAAUGUAACAAUGAGACGACCUCAGGCUCAUAAGUCGUAUUCCAGUGCAAGACAAAAAUAUGAGACGCACAGCUCCUAUGCAGCAAAGGGACGACAGAGCAUCCCGAACAUAAAGCCAGCGACUUACGAUGGUUCUACAUCUUGGCUAGAUUACAAAUCGCACUUUGAAGCGUGUGCGAAGCUGUGCCAAUGGGAUGAGACGACAAAAGGUCUAUACCUCUCCGUAUCAUUAAGAGGAAGUGCACAAGGUAUUCUCGGAAACAUAUAUGAUGGUAGGGAAAUGAGCUUGUAUCUGCUUUGGAUGAUAGAUUCGCUCCACCAGAUCAAAUAGAUUUAUACAGAACGCAGUUGAGAGAGCGCAGACAAAGAGCUUCGGAAUCCAUUCCAGAGUUAGGACAGCAUAUUAGACGUCUGGUAAAUUUGGCAUACCCUACAGUUCCUGCAGAUGUAAAAGAAACUCUUGCCAAGGAUCAUUUCAUCGAGGCACUAGCUAUUUCAGAUAUGCGAUUGCGUAUUAAACAGGCAAGACCAAAGAAUUUGAAUGAAGCAUUGAGGCAUGCUAUCGAAUUAGAGGCUUUCUUAAAAACUGAACAAAGAAUUGGGGGUACUAAUUCUUUGAUAAGAGCCGUUGGACAAGAUUCGUCUGGUACAGUAGCCGACGAAUUGGGUGAAGUGAACGACACAAUCACAGAACUCCAGAGAACAAUGUCUACAAUCACACGGGAGCUGAAAGAACUAAGAGAAAGAGACACAAGACGAAGAACAGAUCGCAAGUCCAGCAGAGAUUCUAAUUGGCGAAAAGAUAUAGAGUGCUAUAACUGUGGCAAGAAAGGUCACAUAAAGAAAGAAUGCCGCUCUAAGACAGCAAGACCAAACAGCUCUGCAACACCAAGCUCAUUGCAGAACACAUCUGGCAAAACAGAACAGUUAAAUCCGCAAAAUCCUCCCGGAAAAGUUGGUGUUAGUGGAGAAGGGGGAAUAUUCAUUAAAGGAUAUGUUAAUGAGCUCGAACUUCACCUUUUAGUUGAUUCAGGAGCUACAUUGUCUCUCUUAUCAAAACAGGCAUUUAAUAGAAUUUACGGAAAUGGCUCGACAGAUAUGCUGCGAGAGGUAAAUGCGCCUGUACUGCAAGCGAAUUCAGAUCCUCUUAUUACGCAUGGACAGUUGAAAACCCCGUUUAUGAUCAAUGAUGUUGUAUACAACACGAUGGCCAUUGUUACGAAUCUGUCAGUAGACGCGAUCCUUGGAUUAGACUUUCUGAUAAAGAAUAAAUGUGUCAUUGAUAUGAGUGCCAUGGAAUUACGGAUUGAUGGAACACCCAUUCCACUCGUAAAGAAAGGAUAUAUAGGAUGCUAUCGCAUUGCUACAGCAGCUACAGUCCACAUACCACCCAGAUCAGAAAUUGUUACAAGCUGCGAUGUGUGCACCUCUAACAAAGAACAAAUAACUGAUGGUAUUGCAUUGAUAGAAGGGGACUUUUUGAAAUCAGAGAAAGGUAUAGUUGGCAAAGUGCUUGUCACCACUAAAGAGUCAGUACCUGUCAGAUUCAUGAAUCCUAGUUUUGUUGUUCAGACUAUCUACAAAGGAACCAUAGUAGCGAAGUUGACUCCUGUACAAUGUGUUGUUGGAGAAAUGGGAACUCCCUCAGAGUCAUCAAAGGAACUUUCACCAGCCUUGGAGGAGCUAUUACAACGAUCAAGCGGAAGGUUGAGCUCAGAUCAAAAGCAAGAAUUAAAAUCUUUGCUCUUGCGCAAUGCUAACUUAUUUGCAAAAGAUGACAAGGAUUUUGGUAGAACUGAUGUAAUUAAACAUUCUAUCAACACAGGUUCAAAGGCUCCUAUACGACAACCCCUCCGAAGAACUCCAGUCCAUUGGAAACGAUACAUAGAUAGUCAGUUGGACGACAUGCUUAAGGCUGAUGUCAUUGAAAAGUCGGCAAGUCCAUGGGCGUCAGGAGUUGUCCUUGUACUCAGACAGAAGGAAGGAGCGUGCAUAAGGUCGAGUGGACCAUUACAAAGUGGAAAGAGGGUGACAAAGACAUUGAACAUAUUUUUGUGAUUGAGGAA